AUGAUCCCCGCCAACGCCUCCGCCAGGAAGGGGCCCGAGGGCAAGUACCCGCUGCACUACCUCGUGUGGCACAACCGCCACCGCGAGCUGGAGAAAGAGGUCCGCGCCGGCCAGAAAGCCCCGCAGAGGCCCUCCCGUGGGCAGGCUUGGCGAUGCUGGCCAGCUGAGGAGGGGGAUGGCAUGGCAGGCUUCAGAGCAGUUCCUCCUUCUGACCUAGAGAUGACAUGGGAUUGUGGGGCCCCUGGAUGCUCAGACAGAGGCUGCCGCACCCACAGUACCUGUUGUGUCCAGGAGCACCUGUGAUCUCCUUUCUCCCUAAAGUGGGCAGUCCCGGGUAUGGGCUGUCACCACAGCUGGUGGACAUCGAGCAGCUGGAUCCCCGUGGGCGGACUCCCCUGCACCUAGCCACCACCCUGGGGCACCUCGAGUGUGCCCGUGUGCUCCUGGCACACGGGGCAGACGUGGGCAGGGAGAAUCGCAGCGGCUGGACAGUGCUUCAGGAGGCUGUGAGUACCCGGGACCUGGAGCUGGUGCAGCUGGUGCUGCGGUACCGGGACUACCAGCGCGUGGUGAAGCGGCUGGCGGGCAUCCCCGUGCUCCUGGAGAAGCUGCGCAAGGCCCAGGACUUCUAUGUGGAGAUGAAGUGGGAGUUCACCAGCUGGGUGCCCCUCGUGUCCAAGAUCUGCCCUAGCGACACCUACAAAGUGUGGAAGAGUGGGCAGAACCUACGGGUAGACACCACGCUCCUGGGCUUUGACCACAUGACGUGGCAGCGAGGGAACCGCAGCUUUGUCUUCAGGGGCCAAGACACAAGUGCCGUGGUCAUGGAGAUUGACCAUGACCGCCGGGUGGUGUACACGGAGACUCUGGCACUGGCCGGGCAGGACCGCGAGCUCCUGCUGGCUGCCGCCCAGCCCACCGAGGAGCAGGUGCUGAGCCGGCUCACCGCGCCCGUCGUCACCACACAGCUCGACACUAAGAACAUUUCCUUUGAGAGGAACAAGACUGGCAUCCUGGGCUGGCGCAGUGAGAAGACGGAGAUGGUGAAUGGGUAUGAAGCCAAGGUAUAUGGGGCAUCCAACGUGGAGCUCAUCACCCGGACACGGACAGAGCACCUUUCAGAACAGCACAAGGGCAAGGUCAAAGGCUGUAAGACACCUCUGCAGUCCUUCCUGGGAAUUGCUGAGCAGCAUGGGGGCCCCCAAAACGGGACCCUGAUCACUCAGACUCUGAGCCAAGCCAACCCCACUGCCAUCACCGCAGAAGAGUACUUCAACCCCAACUUUGAGCUUGGCAACCGUGACAUGGGCCGCCCCAUGGAACUGACCACCAAGACACAGAAGUUCAAGGCCAAGCUGUGGCUGUGUGAGGAGCAUCCCCUGUCCCUGUGUGAGCAGGUGGCCCCCAUCAUUGACCUCAUGGCCGUCAGCAAUGCGCUUUUCGCCAAGCUCCGGGACUUCAUUACCCUGCGCCUGCCUCCAGGCUUCCCUGUCAAGAUUGAAAUCCCGAUCUUCCACAUCCUCAACGCCCGCAUCACCUUCGGGAACCUCAAUGGCUGCGACGAGCCGGUGCCAUCGGUGCGAGGCAGCCCCAGCAGCGAGACCCCUUCUCCGGGCAGCGACUCGUCCAGUGUCAGCAGCUCCAGUUCCACGAGUGAGCUGCUGCCCCUCUCCGAGCCCGCCCUCCCCUGCCCUCCCCUCCACAGCAGAGCGCUCGCCGGGGCAGGGGGGAGGCCUAAGGGGUGGGCCCGGCCCCGUCUGACCCCCAGCCCGGCACCCUCAGCCUCGUGCCGCGGCUGCGAAAUCUCCCCCGCCUUGUUCGAGGCCCCGCGCGGCUACAGCGUGCUGGGCGGCCAGCGGGAGGCGGCGACCCGCGAUGACGAUGAUGACUUGCUGCAGUUCGCCAUCCAGCAGAGCCUGCUUGAGGCAGGCAGUGAGUACGACCAGGUCACCAUCUGGGAGGCGCUAACCAACAGCAAGCCGGGUACUCACCCCAUGUCCUGCGAGGGUCGCCGACAGGACAGGUGCGCCCCGGAGCCCGCGACGUAUCUUACCCGCCCCCAGGAGCACCCCGCCCACGCCGCAGCGCCAGCCCGCGCCCCCAGCCGCCCUGGCGACGGUCCCCAGCCCGCGGCCCAGCCCCGGCUCAGGCCCAGGCGGCCACGCGUUCCGGAGCUACGACGAGCAGCUGCGGCUGGCCAUGGAGCUGUCGGCGCAGGAGCAGGAGGAGCGGCGGCGGCGCGCGCGCCAGGAGGAGGAGGAGCUGGAGCGCAUCCUGCGGCUCUCGCUGACGGAGCAGUAGCGCCUAUUGCCGGGCCCCUCGGCCACGCCACGCGUGCCCGGCCCGGGAGCCAGAUCCGCCCCGGCCCGCGCGCCCGCCGAGCUGCGGCUGGAGACUGGAGCGGCCGCCUCGGGGACUUAGCGGCGUCCCAGGCACCAGAGGGGGAGGGCUUCGGCACGGCCGCGGGGUACCUUUCCGGGCCAGGGCCCUGGAGGCAGCUGGCACGGCCCGGUCCCCCUGCUUUGCUGUAUCCUGACCCCCACUCCUCUUCCCUGGGCUCUGACCUGUCCAAGGGCGGAGCCAGGCGGUCCUGAGGAGGGAGAUGGGUCCUUAGAGGAGCACUGUCCCCAUCCCUUGCUCCUUCUGGCCGGUCCUCCUUUCUGCUCACUGACCCCACUCCAGGACACUGCCCGUGAAGCCUUUGCAUCUCCGCUCUUCACCCCUGGGGGGCAGCUGAGCUCCCCACGUGCUGUGUUGCAGCUUGUCCCAGACACGAAGCAGCACGUCAAGGGCCCAGCCCCUCCCCAACCCCGGCAUUUCAGCGUCAAGUGCACUUAGCGGGGUGCCCGGUUCCCCCAGCCCCCACACCCCUCCCGGGUCUCAGGGUGGUCCCAGCUUCUCUUUGGGCGGCCAGAGGUUUGGAGUCCCUAUCCCACGUUUUUGUGAUCUGGGAGGGUGCCCAAGGUGGCCCCCCGGACCUGGGCAAGGCCUGGCUCCCUCAUGGUGUCUUUGUGGAUGGGGGUAAUACUGGGCUGGGGGCAAGCACUAGGCCCUACACUAGACAGGACACAGAGGGGUUGCCCAGGGCCCUGGCACCACCACCCAUCCCUUCCCACCAGCUGCUGCUAGCCCUCUGUGGUUGUGCGUCCCACUUGCCCCAACCCAGGGGCUGACUCUAAAACCCUUCAUCCAAUGGUGCUAACCCCCGGCGCUCCCCUGCCCCACCCCACCCACCCAGAGAAGCACAGACCCCGCCAGGGGCAGGGGCCCACCGCACACCCUUGUCCGGGUUCUCUCGGACUGGCCUUCCUGGUUCAGCCAGUGAGGCUCAGAAGGGACACAAAAAGGAUGAAAGAAAAGAACAAAGAGAAACUGUUCCUCUCACCCCCUUCCCUGAUGCCAGGGGCACCAGACUGAUUCUGAGGCACAAAUAAAAGAGGCUUCAAACCCGAGGCUUUUCCUACCUGGCUUUACUGGGGAAGAACGCUACACACCUGCGGGUUGGAGGUUCCUUCUGAACCUCAGUGUGGGA